GAGGUCGACACGAGGAUCAUGGGUUUCCUAGGAGCAACCUUGGACUACUUCAAGGCCGCACAGUUCAGACAAGCUCUGUCUCAGGCUAUCACUCUUGGCAUGAUAGUGACGUCAGCCUUGAUGGUAUGGAAGGGCUUGAUGUACUUCACCGGUAGCGAAUCGCCUGUUGUUGUGGUGCUCUCUGGAAGCAUGGAACCUGGCUUCAAAAGAGGUGACAUUUUAUUCUUGCAUAUGAACAAGGACCCCAUUCGGACAGGAGAUAUUGUUGUCUUCAAUAUAGACGGACGCGAUAUUCCGAUUGUGCAGCGAGUUGUUGAAGUUCAUGAGCAUCGCGGCGCCGGUGAAGUCGACAUUCUAACGAAAGGUGACAAUAACGAUGUAAACGAUAAGAUCAUGUAUGCGCACGGCCAACAUUGGUUGCAGCAGCAGCAUAUCAUGGGGAGAGCCAUCGGGUACUUACCUUACAUGGGGUAUCUGACAAUUAUCAUGACCGACAAGCCUGUUAUCAAGUACAUAUUGAUAGGUGCAUUGGGCUUGUUCGCCCUGACCUCGAAGGAUUAGGAUGUGCCAAGCUUCUGGUUCUGCUCACCAUUUCGACCAAAAUGGGGUUCCCCCUGGAGGAAAAAAUAAAGAGCAUCUCAAGUCUCGACUAGACUUGAUUGUAGCCACAAAGCAGCUCAUUGUGUGAAGAUGUACGAGGGUUGCCAAAAUGGAAUGCCGUUUCAGUUGUUGAUUCCACGAAACAUAUAUGCAUAUCACCGCAUGGAAAUGUACAAUCACAGUGCAUGCGUCUAUUUUUAUUUCUUCCAGG